GGGCCGCGGGUGUGUCGAGUCCUCCCGGCUCCUUGGGCAGACACCGCCGUGUGCGCCGCUUGCUCGCCAGAGUCUCCGGAGCCUUCACCUCGGCCUCCCUCCUCCGCCCGCGCGGCUCUCCCAGCCUCUGCGAACCACCCCGCACCUUGCGCCCGCGAGCUCUCCCGGCGCCCGACGGGGCCGCCUCGGGCCAUGGUGCCGUCCCAGGAGAAGCCCGCCGCCGAGCGGGAGGCGAGCGAGGCGCAGCCGCCGGGGUCCGCGCCCUCGGAUGACGCCCCGCUGCCCGGCCCGGGACCCUCGGACGGCCCCGACGUGUCCGCGGAGAAAGUGGAGGUGGAGCUGGUGAGGUCAACGGGCGAAGAACCCCCCGUGCCCCCCGAUGGCGGCUGGGGCUGGCUGGUGAUGCUGGCGGCCAUGUGGUGCAACGGGUCGGUGUUUGGCAUCCAGAACGCUUACGGGGUGCUCUUCGUGUCCAUGCUGGACACCUUCGGGGCCAAGGACGAUGAGAACAUGGCCUUCAAGACAGCGUGGGUCGGCUCGCUGUCCAUGGGCAUGAUCUUCUUCUGCUGCCCCAUCGUGAGCGUCUUCACAGACAUGUUUGGCUGCCGGAAAACAGCUGUCGUGGGCGCUGCCGUGGGAUUCAUCGGGCUCAUGUCCAGUUCUUUCGUAAGCUCCAUCGAACCUCUGUACCUCACCUAUGGGAUCAUAUUUGCCUGCGGCUGUUCCUUUGCCUACCAGCCUUCUCUGGUCAUUUUGGGACACUACUUCAAGAAGCGCCUUGGACUAGUUAACGGCAUCGUCACGGCUGGCAGCAGCGUCUUCACAAUCUUGCUACCUUUGCUCUUAGGGAAUCUGAUCCACAGUGUGGGCUUCUUUUACACGCUGCGAGUCCUCUGCAUCUUCAUGUUUGUGCUCUUUCUGGCUGGCUUUACUUACCGACCUCUUGUUCCCAGCGCCAAAGAGAAAGAGAGCGAGGGCAACAGGCUCUCCUUCUUUUCCAGGAGAAAAUUUAGUCCUCCGAAAAAGAUUUUCAAUUUUGCCAUCUUCAAGGUGACAGCCUAUGCAGUGUGGGCUGCUGGGAUACCGCUUGCUCUUUUUGGAUACUUUGUGCCUUAUGUCCACUUGAUGAACCAUGUAAAGGAAAAAUUUCAAGAUGUAAAGAAUAAGGAGGUGCUGUUCAUGUGCAUUGGCAUCACUUCAGGAGUUGGACGGCUUCUCUUUGGCCGCAUUGCAGACUAUGUGCCCGGUGUGAAGAAGGUUUACCUGCAGGGGAUGAGUGUUGCUAUCCUGGGACCCACGUUUCAAGAUCUGGCAGCGAACGUGAACAGAAACAUCAGCAGCUUGUCGCUGAUAUUUGUGGGCCGCGCCACCGGCUUCUUGUGCGGCACCAUGAUCGGCGGGGUUCUCUUUGACCACAUGAAUCAGUUCUUUCUCCUGGGCAUGUCCAUGGUGGCGACAACAGUGGGGCUUUAUCUCAUCCCUUUCUGCAAAACGGCCGUCUUACUGAUUGUCACCAUGUCUGUCUUUGGGGCUUCCGUUGGCGUCGUGGACACAGGUGCAAAUGUCCUCAUUUUGGCUCUUUGGGGGGACAAAGGAGCCCCUCACAUGCAGGCCUUGCACUUCAGUUUCGCCUUGGGUGCCUUUCUGGCUCCCCUGCUGGCUAAAUUGGCCUGGGGUACAACAGCAUCUGCUCAGAACCACACAGAGUCCGACUUUGGCCCUCCAAUGCUGAACCAAACCUCUGAAGCCGCCACAGGCUCUCUGUUCGCGGUUCCCGACAAUAUGAAUCUGCUGUGGGCGUAUGCCUCCAUCGGCACCUAUAUUUUAGUAGUUGCUGUGUUUCUGUUUGGUCUGUUUUGUAAGAAACGCUCAAGGCAGAAAAAAUCCACAGGCUCUGCGCAGGGAGCUCGAAGGGCUAAAUACCACAGGGCCCUGCUCUGCCUCCUCUUCCUCUUCUUCUUCUUUUAUGUGGGAGCUGAGAUAACAUUUGGCUCUUACGUUUUCUCCUUUGCCACCACCCAUGUUGGCAUGGAAGAAAGCGAGGCAGCUGGCUUGAACUCUGUCUUCUGGGGGACCUUUGCAGCCUGCAGGGGUCUGGCCAUCUUCUUUGCAACAUUUUUACAGCCUGGAACCAUGAUUGUGUUGAGCAACAUUGGCAGCCUGACCUCAUCUUUCUUUCUGGUGCUUUUUGACAAGAGCCGUCUUUGUCUCUGGAUUGCAACUUCUGUGUAUGGAGCCUCGAUGGCAGCCACAUUUCCCAGCGGCAUUUCCUGGGUGGAGCAGUACACCAGCAUAAGUGGGAAAGCUGCAGCAUUCUUUGUGAUUGGUGCUUCUCUGGGAGACAUGGCCAUUCCUGCAGUGAUUGGAAUUCUUCAGGGACACUACCCAGACCUGCCAGUAGUUCUGUACACAUGCCUGGGGUCAGCCAUCUUCACUGCUGUUUUAUUUCCUGUGAUGUAUAAAUUAGCCACCUUACCCCUGAAAGGCCAGCACAGAGGAAAAAAAGAGAGAGAGGACCAGAAAGCUUUGUCCACUAGUUCUAGGCUCUGAGGAAAAGACUAAACGUGAGCUUUAAAAAAAAAAAAAAAAGGAAUGAA